AAAAAUACAACAACAACAAACUGACCUGUCAAAUUUAUAUAAACAUAAACUAAAAACAAUUAAAAUUGCUUUUUUUGUUAAGUAUAAAUUAAGAAUAGUUUAUUGAUAUAUUUAUACUUAUAAAAAAUAAUAAUGUCUCAACCAGAUUAUGAACAAACAACACACGAUCAUGCAGCAUUAUUGGUACUAUUAAAACCAAUUGGUACAACAAUAAAACAAAAAACAAUACAACGUUUGUGUGAAAGAAUUGUUAAAAGUGGUAGUAAAUUAACAAUUGUUGAUUCUGGUGGUGGAACACGUGAAAUAUUAAUUAGAUUUGUAAGAGAACAUCCAGUUGAAAAUAAUGAUUGGGGUGAUUUUCAAACUCACAGAAGAUUAUUGGGUUUAAUAACAUUUGGUAAAUAUGAUGAUCAAAUUGAGCUCAAUGAAAUAUGUCGUUUACAUGAGACAUUAAAAGUUAAAUAUAAUUCAACACUUUAUGACUCUAGAGCAAUAUUAUUUGGUCCAUCUGAUAAAGAAAAUAAUGUUGUUAAUGAACCACCAAGUGGCUAUACAACACCAUCAAAUUUUAAAACAGUUGCUGCAUUUUAUUCAGAUGAAAUAUGUUCAAGUCUUGAAGCACAAGUUAUGGAAUGUUUACAUUCAUUAUUUUGGAUAUUAGAAUCAAAAAGAUUAGAAAAAUCACGUGAAAAAAUUGAUAAAGUACCACUUUUACUAGCUCCAUUUGAAAAAAAAGAUUUUAUUGGAUUAGAUUUAGAAUCAAGAAUAAAUAAAAAAAAAAGUGCUGGAAGAAUGACAAAAAAUCUUGGUGAUCUUUGUUUACAAGUUGGUCUUUGUAAUGAUGCAAUAUAUAAUUAUAAUUUUGCAAUAAAUGUAUUACAAAGUGUUAAUGAUUGGUUAUGGCUAGGUGCUGCAUAUGAAGGUUUAUGUGCUGCAUCAUCAAUGAUAUUAUAUCCAAAUUUAAAAAGAGCAUUACCAUUACAAAGAAAUUCUUCACUUCAAGAAGGUAGUCCAGGUAAACAACGUCGUGGUUCACAAGCAAUAACUGUAUCAUCACUUGUAUUACCACCAUCAAUUGAAGAAAUUAAAUUAAAAAUUCCAAAUAUAUUAACACCAGAAGAAAUACCAGUUAAAUAUGGUUUAGCUAUUGUUCAUUAUAGUAAAUAUCAAAAUGCUGGAAUAAUUGAAACUGAAGCUAGUUUUAAAGCAACAAGAAUAUCAAUUGAACAAGGUUGUAUAAGACAAGCAGCAUCAUUUUUAAAUAAUGUUGUAUUUAAUAAUAUGGAAAUAAAUGAACAAGAAAAAAUUGAUAGAUUUACAAAAUUAUCUGAGCUAUAUUUAACAAUUGGUUUUACAAGAAAAUCAUCAUUUUGCAUGAGAUUAGCAGCAACAAGAUUUAUAUCACAAAAAAAUCCACAACCAGAUUGGAAACAAUGUUAUAAUUUUAUGCUUCAAUCAUGUGAUGGUUUUAAAUUAUCAUUAGAUCCAGCUGAAAUGACAAAUGAAUGUCGUAAAGGUUGGCCAGCAAUACAAAUACAAAUAUUAAAUGAAUUAAUAAUUGCUGCAAAUCGUAUGGGUAAUGCAGCACUUGCAACUCGUCAUAUGACAUUUUUAUUACAAACAAUGUUUAAUUAUUUAUCACAAAAUGAACGUAAAGAUAUUGCAUUACAAUUACAAGGUGUUGCACAACAAUGUGAAGGUGCACCAGUUCCACUUGUUCUUAAAUCUGGUAUUGUUAUACCACCAGCAAAUUUAACAAAUAUACCACAAACAAAAUCAUUUAUAUUAAAAAAUUUACAGCCACAUUUACAACCACAAAAAAUUAAAAUAAUUAAAGAAGAUCAUGGACCAUUUUUAUUUACACCAAUUAAUUUUGGUUCAUUAGAACGUAAAAAUAUAUCAAAAAGUAAAGUUGAUUAUUUAUGGGUUGAAGGUGAUAUUUGUGAAGUUACAAUGCAAUUAUGUAAUCCAUUACCAUUUGAACUUUAUGUAUCAAAUAUGAGAUUAUUAACAUCUGGUAUUGUAUUUGAAUCAUUACCAGAAAGUAUAACAUUACCACCAAAAUCAGGACCAAUUGCUGUAACACUUGCUGGUACACCAAAAGAAACUGGUGAUUUAGAAAUAUUAGGUUUUAUAACACAUACACUUGGUGUUAAAUCAAAUUGUCGUUUACGUAAUAUGGAAAAUAUGAAAUAUCCAUUAUAUUCUGUUGAAGUUAUACCAAUAUUACCAAAAAUUCAUGUAUCAACAAGUCUUCCAAAAACAGCUAGUUUUAGUUGUGGUGAAAAUAUUGUUACAAGUGCAAGUAUAUCAUUGUAUGGUGGUGAAAGUGCUGAAUGUACAAUAUCAAUUAAAAAUAUUGGUAAAGUACCAAUUGACAUGAUUGACAUAUCAAUUAAAUCAACAUUAGAUAAUUUAACAGAAAAUAAAAUAUUUAAAUGGAGUGAUGAAAAUUUAAAAAUGCAAUUACCAUUACAACCAGAUACAAGUGCAAGUCUAACAUUGUAUCUAUUUGGUGAUGUAAAUUUUAUAUAUAAUAGCAAUAAUAAUAAUUAUCAUUCAAAUCAUGGAAAUAAUUUAAUUCAAAGUGGAACAAGAUCAUUACCUUCUAAAUUUAAUUCAUCAUCAACACAUCAUACAAAACGUCAAAGUGGUUUAACAUCAUCAAUGAGAGCAGCAUUAAAUUCAACAAUAUCAUCAAAUCAAAAUCAAUCUAAUCAUUCAUCUGGUCGUAAUAAUAAUAGUAAUCAUUUAAAACCACCAAAAUUAUCAACACCAAUAACAGCAUCAAAUAUUAUUGAAGGACAAUUAAAUAUUAAAUAUUCUGGUGGUUCUGGUCUUACUGCUGGUUAUUGUAGAAUUUCAUCAGUUUCAAUAACAAUUGAAAUGUUACCAAGUGUACAAAUAACAAGUUGGGAUGUUUUACCAGCUGAAACACCAUCACAAUUUUAUUUAGUUCUUGAUGUUACAAAUAUGACUAAUCAAGAAAUGGAAUUACAUUAUACACAAAGUAAAUGUAUUUAUAUGGAAGGAAGAGAAAGUUGUAGAAUACCAGUACCAGUUAAUCGUUGUCCAUUAGAUAAAUUAUCAAAUUCACAUGAAAUUUUUAUAAAUAAUGAAUUACAAAAAGCUUGUGCUGAGCAUAUUGCUUCAUUGGUUGAUUUAAAAUGGCAGCUAUUAGGAACUGAUUUAACUGGUAAAGCAUCAUUAAAUGGAAUAUCAUUUACUCAAGAUAUGCUGGAUCUUGUUAGAAUGAGUCCACUUGAAUGGGAAGUUGUUAUUAAUGAUAUGGCAGUUAAACCUCAGGAUGAAAUAACAUGUGGUCUUGGUGAAUGUGUCAGUAUUGGAGUUGGAGUUUGUAAUGCUUUGGAACAUCCAUUGAGUGAUCUUAGUUUGUCAAUUGAUUUUUAUCAAGAUCAUCAUAAUGGUGUUAAUAAUUAUCGUUUAGAUACUAGACUAUCAAUUGCUGGUGCUAAUAAAGUUAUGCUUCCUACUUUGCAAGAGUAUGGAAGAGCUUAUCAUGAAUGUCGAGUUGUAUUUUUUACUGCUGGUCAGUAUAAAAUUGAUAUUCAAUGUUGUAGUCAAAAAUCAUUGACACAUUUAUCAAGUGGAGAUGUUAUUAACUCUGGACAUGUAUGGCGUUACAUACCACCAAUUGAAAUUGCUGUUGAUGACUGCUGAUAUUUGUUAUUUUAUAAAUUUAUUACUUUAAAAUUAAUAAUAUUGAUGAAUAAUAAUUUUUAAAAAUACAACAACUGUUAUAACUACAUACUGAUAAUUAUUUUUUAGCUAAAAAAAAAUAAAUAAAUUAUAAUAUCAGUAUUACAAAAA